AUGAGAAAUCACAGCGUCUGUAUUUUCCCAGCACUUGAGAGGAGUGUUUGUACAGCAAAUAACACAAAAGUCGCCAACAUGAGGUUAUUUUGUGCGUGCCUUCUCUUGGUCCUCGCUCUCAGUUACGUGUCUGGAUGCGGAUCCUAUGUGAAAAAGUACAAAUCGAGAAGAUUUAAGAAAGGCGUAUAUAUAUCAGCAUCAGAUAAUUAUAUGAUCGUGUUUUUCGAAUUUCUCCGCUAUUCCAGAGGAGGAAACGACCAAUAUGAAAAGAUCCCUCUUGGUCCUUUGAUUGUUCAAGUCGAAAGGCCAUGUCCAGGAAGUGCAUCUUCAAAGAAACUUGUUUUCAGUAGAAAAUUGCCCGAUACAUACAUCGACAAUCCUCCACAACCAUUGUCCAGAAGGUUGAAGAUCGAUUACCAAUUAGGGAGAUCAGAGGUUUUCUAUUCCAAAAACGUUCUCAUAUUGUUCCCAUGGAUGGUCGUCCGAGAAGUCUACAAAUUUAAGAAGGAAUUACAAUGCGAUAAUAAAUUUCGUGCUGGUUUCUGCGAAAUUCGUCUCCAGCAAAAGACAGGCUAUACAAGUAAAAAUAGGACUCGAUGUCCACCUGACGAUUCUAAUAUUGAAAAACUCUGCAAAGGCAAAUCUGCGUAUUCUUGUCCAAACAUGACCUUUAAGGAAACAAAUGGUGUCGCUGUUCGCAAUGUCAGCAUGUACAUUGUGACUGGAGUGCCCACACCAGGCGUCAACUGUUCCUUCAACUCUGCUCGCUUCAUUCAGUACAUGGGGAAUCAUCAUUACUUCAUGGGAAGAAACACCCAAUCCAAGAAAAUGUUGCGAACCAUUCCAGUCAUGACGAAAGCCAUCCGAGUUUCCUCCCAUACGGAUCCGUGCCAAAAAAAAUACCAAAUGCAAUUUUACGUCAAUACGGCUCACCUGAACGAAAGUAACUUGCCCUGUCCAACUCAGCCCGGAGUCCUGCUACAAAAGGUCGAAAACAUGCAGAUUUACGUGAAGACGUUUAAUGGCAACCCAAAUACCGACAUGUCGCAGGCCAAAGACAUGUUUACAAGUGAGCUAGAUCGGAAAAAUUUGAAUUACAUUAAUGGUCGUCACUACAUUGCCCAAUAUCGUGGGCACGGUCCUGUGUCCCGAUUGGUAAUAAGUAAACGAUAUGGGAUCUUGUUAAAUUUCCUUAAUAAAAGUUGCUCAGGCCUAGUUUUUCUCUUUCCGUUUGAAGGUUCUGCAUAG